AUGGCGAACAGCAGCGGGGACAGGGGACACCCCUGUCCGGUGCCCCUGCCCAGGGAAAUUUCGAGUCAUCGCGGUUGUGUGUUUCAGGGCGUUCAGGACCCGGGUCAGCUGGCGGUCCAGCAGCCAGACAAGGCAGGCUGGAUCAGAAAGUUCUGUGGCCGUGGGAUCUUCAGGGAGCUGUGGAGGAACCAGUUUGUGGUUCUGAGAGAAGACCAUCUGUACAUCUGUGACAAGGAGGAAAAGGACGAGCGUAAAGCACAGGAAGUUUUCCACCUGGCAGAUUACGAACGUUCGGAGGAAUUGAGAAAAGCAAAGAGUCGCAGUAAAAAGAACCACAGUCGCUUCACGCUGCUGCGCUGUAAUACACCAGGAACCACUGCUCCUCCCCUGGUGUUUUUAGCCGUCAGUCCUGAGGACAAAGAAUCGUGGGUCAACGCUCUGAACGUCGCAAUCAUCAAAGCAAAGAGUAACCGACUUUUCGAUGAGGUGACCAUCGAUGACGACGAUGUUCUGACUCAUCCGACCAGAGAACGAGCAAAGAUCCGUCAUGUUCGCAGACUGCCCACUAGAGGGCACCUCCUGUCUGUGGCCUCAUCCUCUUCUCAUGGCAUGUUGACCCUUGACCUGGUGACCGAGGAGGAUGCCCUCGGAGACUCCAGUUUGUCUUGGGAGAACAGUUUCCAAGUCGACCUGCAGAGGGGCGGUUCCUGUGGUCAGGUGGCAGUCGUAGGAUCUUGUGGGGUCAGAGGUCGUCAGCGCGCCGGCACUGACGUCUCGAAGCUCAGGGUCACGACCAAAGAACCAAAGGUCAAGACGGGAAGUUUGCCCCGAGGCAGCGAAUCCAGCUGGACCAGAGAGACACAGCUGGACGUCCUGAAGACCAGAGAGACACAGCUGGACGUCCUGAAGACCAUAGAGGUUCAGGUUCUUCAGUCUCAGUCAAAAACUCCUCAGUUGGAGAAAAAGGUCAAAGGUCAGGGUCGCAGUCGUUGCUCCUCUCUGGACCAGGUCCUGGUUAGACCUGCUGUGAUUCGUCGUUGUCCCACAGAAGAUGAGGCGGUGGGUGGAGCUUGUGUGCAGCCUGUGGGCGGGGCUUGUGUGCAGCCAGUGGGUCAGUUGCAGAGUCUGAUUGCUCAGAAGAUGCAGCGAGCUCAGGAGCUGCUGGAGGAGAUGAGGCUGCAGGAGCUGCAGAAAAGCAGAACAGAGCGAGAAAGAAGAUCAACGUUGACCAAGAAUACCGACUCCCCUCAUCUUCAUCACCUCAGAAGCUCCGACUCUCCUCACUGCAGCAGGUCGUCUCAAAGGAGCAGGAGCAGCGACUGUCCUCGUCUCCGUGGCAAAGAGUCUCCUCGUCUGCGAGGACGAGAUUCUCCACGAUCCAAAGCCAAAAGAAAUCGCUGCAGAGGAAUCGAAUCUCCACGCUCGAGAAGAUGCAACUCAUCUGCUGCUCCAGCCGAUGAUUCCCCAAAGAGCCUGUCCAAUGCCGUGUCCAGCGCCAACGUCGCGUCCAACGACAACUCUUCUAUGCAGAAAUCAUGUAAGUCUCCUCUGAGCAUCGGAGACUCCGCCUCCUCUCAGGUAAAAGUGUCACGUCCAGAAUCUAACUCCCAGGCAGAGUCAACUCAGGCUCUGCUGACCACACCCCCCUCCCUGCUGCCAGAGGACGAGGCAGAGACGAGGCGUGCUGAGGCAGAGCGCCUCCUGCAGGAAGCUGUGUCAUCAUGGAAGGAGGCACAGGAAGUUCUACAGGAAGUGAAGGAGCUUCAGAGUCGGACGCUGCAGCGACGUCAGAAGACGACACACAACAACAUGACAUCAGCAGCAGAAGAGGUAACGCCCACCUCGUCAACGUCAGCGGAAGAUGACGACAGGUCUGAGAUGCUGUGACACGAUUUUCUUCUUAUUGUCGUAAUUUUAAUGUCUUUAAGCACAAAAAAAUCAGGGUAAAAGACAAAACUUAUGAAAGUGUUUGAUUAUUGGAUGAUUUGAACACCAGCGAUCUUCAGUUCUUCCUCUCUGUCGCCCCGUCUGUCACUGCUGCCACUGUCUUUGUAACACUGUCAAUUUAGUUUUCAUGGAGAUUUGUCGUAACGAUGCUGCACUGUUUGUCUUUAAAGUGAAAUGUUUUUAAAAAGACAAUAUUUCAAAAUGUUUUUUAUGAUUAACUUUUUCAUCUGGGAAAUGCUAACAAUGCUAACAGUGGGCGUGGUAAGCCUGUCAUGGCCGACUUUGUAGCAGGAGUUGCCGAAGUGAUGUGAAAAUGAUCGUUAAAAAAAUGGUCGUUUUUGACUUUAAAUACGUAAACAACGUGCCCACAAUGCACUUCAGCAACAUGUGACACAUUUACAGAAGGAGCAGCGUUUUAUUACGAUGUCUUUGAUAAUAAUGUAAAGUUUGUUUAAUGUUACCAACAUUAAACCUGUGAUUUAAACCUGUGAUUUAAACAUUUUUAAACGUGAGUUUAAACGACGACAAAGUUCAGGGACAAAAAUGUGAGAAAAAAAGCAAUAAAACUAUAAAAACCUUUUAUGAGGGGGCGUAGCCUAGAUUUGACCAGGACAACUGGUAACAUUUUGGGAAAUUGUUCUUCACGACUUCUGCUCCUUUAAAUAUAUGUUAUUAAAUUACAAUGAUGUAAAAAUGUUUGUUGUAAACAUUAAUUCUUAAUGUAAAAAUGUCUUGUCUUUCAAAUAUGAAAGUUUUUAUUGAUGUUUUACAUUGUUUAAAUCACUGCACAGCAUUGUGGGUUAAAAAAAGCAGGGUAUUGUCUUUUUUAGAUUUUAAUAAACAAAAUAAAACAUU